GUAACGCAAGGCUGACUGUAACUGCCUGGUCCGGUUAUCUUUGCGUUUGUCAGGGCGACAGCAGAUGCGCCGUCCAUGCCGCUUUAAGUCCGCUAAGAAGCUCCUAGUCCAAUUAACGGAGGGGAGGCGGAAAUCCACGCAUGUAGGCUAUUAAACUAACUUACUGCUCCUUGGCUCGACGAUGGAUAUGUGCGCCGCUUAUGAUGACGACCUGACACGACAGCCCGCCAUAACCAAACAAGUUGGACCAGAAGCGACGCAGUACCACCAGCAGGGAGAUGCCUGUGUGUUUUGAGCGGCGAUAGUAGCGAUUUGGGCUCACACAUUAAGCCUGUAUAAGCUCCGGGAGAGUAUCUGUUAUAGGCCUGCACGCGCGUCAUUCGGCGGAGUUUCCUCGCGCUGUUGUGAAGGUGGAUCGUUAUCAUGGAAACACACACUGAUGUGCUGCUGGUCACCGCAAAUGUCGGGUCACUCUUUGACAAUGUGGGUGAAAUUCAAAAUGAAUGGUUACAGGAGUUGUUUAAGACUAUCCACAGCUACAAGCCGCAGUUCAUCGCCCUGCACUUCCAGGAGGUCGGAGGGAAGGACUACAUGGUCAACAUGGGCCAUGCCGAUAACUUUUUUAGGAGCAUUGAGUCCAGUGAGCAGAUGAGAGACUUUGACAGGGUCUGCAUUUAUGUGGACAACCAGUUCCAAACAGAGGAGAGCUUCACGGCUUUAGGGAGCAUGUACUUCAUUCACAAGACACUGAAAAACAUCUAUCAGUAUGAUUUUAAAGUUAAGGAUUUUAAAGCAGUGUCGGGACAGAACAAGCACGUGGGCGCUCUGGACGGGGUCACCACAGUGGAGAAAGAAAAAUUCCCAAAGAAUUUCUGGCCUGAUUUCAAGUGGUCCAGAAAGGGCUUCAUGAGGACCCGCUGGAUCAUACACAACCAAGGUCUGGACCUGGUCAAUGUCCACCUGUUCCACGAUGCCUCCAACCUCAUUGCCUGCAACUCCAGUCCUUCCAUUUACUCAGCCAACCGCAAAAACGCUCUCAGAUAUGUCAUCAACAGGAUAUCAGACAGCCGCUUCACUCCUCUGCCUUUCCUCCUGUUCGGAGAUUUCAACUUCCGUCUGGACACACUGAGUGUGGUCCAGCAUCUCUCCACUGCAGCAGAUGUGCAGACAGUGAAGAAGGACUGCAGCAACGAAGUGGAGAAGAUCAUCUGCGAAGAAAAAGACAAUGACCACCAGGUGCUGCUCCACAUUGAGGAGAAGCUGUUUGCCUACCUACAUCAGGCGGUUUUCAGAGAGGACAACGGCAGAGCACUUCUGAAGUAUGACAGAGAGGUCGCUGCCUUUCAUGACAUUAUUAGUGAAGAGGACAUCAAGUUUCCACCCAGCUACCCCUACAGUGAAGAGUACACUAAACCGACCCAGUACAUGAACACUCGCUGUCCUGCCUGGUGUGAUCGUAUCCUCAUGUCACACGCUGCCCAAGAGGUCAUUCACAGGGGAGGUGACAGUGAGAAGAGCAUCAUUUACAACACAGUGGGUCCUAAUGUGUGUAUGGGAGACCAUAAGCCGGUUUUCUUGUCCUUCUCGCUGAAGACAGAUGACCAUUGACUGGGAUCCUUCUCCAUGGUAAGAACGUGUGCCGGUCUAUACCCACACCAUCCUCACAGCUCUGCCACAGUAUCAGUACCGUCAGCAUGAUGGUAACCCGCCACAAUCUCACCCAUCAACCAGCAGCGGCUCUCAACACAGUGUGUCCCCGCUGUUAAAACCCCGUCCUCACAUCACUGGUGUCCCACAACUCACCGCCAUAUACUGUCGACCACAGUCCAAGUGACAUGAGCACAGAUUUAUCAGCAGCUGUUAUGGAUUUCGGAUGCAGUUUUCCAGAUUCUCGACUCUCUCCCAGAUCUUAUGUCCCCUGACUAAAAAGCUCAGCGUCACAGAGGAUGUUCCUGAGACGAAACAGUAAUGUAAAGACUGCGGUGUGAUUGUUUUUUUUUUCUUAAAUACACCUUUUCAUACAGGCAGUAUCAGACAAACCCCAGCCAAGGCAUCACAAAUGUCCUCACUUCUCUUCUGCCCUAAAUAAUUUAUCAAAUCCCUCCAGACAGUGAAUAAGAAUCCAGCAUUGUGAAACUGAUCUAAAUAAUUAUAGCUAAACAUUUUGAAGAACAUUUUUAUGAUUAAUUUUGAGCCAUUAAUAUUAAAUGGAAAACAAACACACAAAAAACCAUGGGAUCUUUAAUAUUAAGUACUGAAGCAGUCCGACUGAGUAUGUGGGCUUUUAUUCUGAAUUUGAUGCCAUUUUUAGUUCAGGUAUUGAUAUUGUGAAGUUUACUAUCACUGUAAGCAGGAUUUUACACCACACUGAAACACAGUAGAAGAAUGCUGCUAUAUCAGUUUCCCAUUGACAUGUUUGCUCAUAUAUCAUCUGUAGAUAAAAGGACAUCUCUGAAGGAUAUCAGACUUUUUAGCUACUUUCUCAUGGCGGCUUUAACUAUGGCUCGUAUCUCAUGGUCACAUAACAGGAUCGGAGGUGAUUUUGAUGAAUGUAUAUGAUGUAGAAAUUACACUAGACUGCAAACAAAGGCCAGUAACAUUUUUAAAUUUACAACAAACCGGCUGCAGCUGUUUUGUCUGUGUAUGAAUGCUGCGGUAGGAGAUGAAUUGAUUAAUAUAACAGCAGCAGAGUUUCACCAUGUUCAAUAUAAAGUAACAUUCUUUUGCUGUUUAUCUUUACCAUCAAAUACCAAGUGCUUUAUUUCACACGCUACAACUCAGCAGUUCUCUGUUUUGGGGUUUUUGUUUUGUUUUUAUUUUAACUGUCCUCAUUCGAAGACCGAUUUCUUUACAGUUUGUCUGCACCGCACGACAUCUCUUUCCUGAAGUUCUAGUUGGCAGCGACAGUAUUUCAUUGCCAAAAGAGUUAUACUUUAGUGCUCACAUGUUUACUUGUAACUGUGGUAAGAAGUUUGGAUGUUCACACAGCUUCACUUCACAAACUUCUGUUUAUACACAGAAAAAAGACAUACGCACACACGACACAGGAGGCACUGUUUGCUUUUGAAUUGAUUUUUGUCUUAUUUUGUAUUGUUGGUUUAUAGUCUCCUGCUGUAGCACCAGUGCUGUGUAAUAUUUUUGACGUGUGAAUUAUUGUUGAGAUAUCUUUCGAUAUGUCUAUAAUAAUUACUAAUUUGGAAUAAUUUAAAAUAUGUUUGUGGUUUUCAUUCAUCCUCUUAUCCAUCAGCUGGAGCCAGUCCCAGCCGACAUGUAUUUUAAUUUUUUUGAGUGUUUUGUGAAAGUUAUUUUGUCUUAUACAGCUUUGGUGGAACCCUCCAUAUUUACACAAAAAUACUUUUCAUGCAUUAAUUCGCAGAUAUUCAUUUCUCAGUCACGUGUGUGGGACUGAAGCCUCGCCAUAACAAGAUUAAGUUCAGUGAUGCAAAUGUUUGUGUAGAUUGAACAGUUUUUAGCAGUUCACUGUUGAUCAGUCAUGGGAGUGAGGUGCAUUUUAAGGCCAGUAUUACAUUCACAUUAACUCUGGUCAAACACUACAUCAUUGUCAUAUUCCACUUUUGUAAAUAAAAUAUUACCCUCA